UCAGACAGAAUGAAUAAUUCAUAAAGAAAGAAACAAGAAAAAAUUAAUAGAGAAGUAGAGGUAAGAAUGGUGGGAGAUGCAUGGACAUGGCUUGUCUUCUUCUUCUUCCUCAUUUUCCUCGUCGCCAUGCUCGUUUUCCAGCUCGUAUGUUUGACGGAUCUAGAGCUCGAUUAUAUCAAUCCUUAUGAAUUGGGGAAUAAAAUAAACGGCGUGAUUGUACCCGAGUUCAUUACGUACGGAGUUUUGUGCUUCCUCUUCCUUGCGACGCGGCAUUUGGUCAUGUUUCUUCUUGGUGUUCCUCUUCUAUACUACAAUUUCAUAUUGUAUCGUAAGCGACAUCACUUAAUCGACAUAACCGAGAUAUAUAACAAGCUCACUAAGGAAAAGACACGACGAUUUAUCAAGCUAGGCUACAUCAUGUUCAUUCUCUUUAUGUGUUUGUUCUGGAUGAUAUAUAACAUACUCGAGGAACAUGAUUGAUCGCUAAAGAUCUCUCGUCUAGUACUACUCGUCCAUACAGUAUGAGGCCACAUUUGCUCGUGGGAGGCACGGCAAUGAGAUGAGAUUGUAAAGAUCUACGAGUGUAUGUCUUUUGCAACUAUCGAUUUGUUGUUCGAGAUUAGAAGUCGUAAGUCUUGUAAUUUUCGAACAAAUGAAGAUGGAAAUAUGGAAUAAAAAAAUUUCAAAAUU